ACGGAACGAGUUGACUCACAUUAAAGCUAGGGUGAAGGUAAAAAUGACUGAGUUUUACAGAUUUAAGAUUGACUUGUUAUGUACAGUGCAACAAAAAGAAACAUUAGGACAUGAAAUCGGACACCUUGGCAUGUUUCUGUUUUGUGAAAUAUUCUGAAAGGCCAGGGAAGUGGACGUUAGGACAACAAAUGGAGGAAUGACAACUUUUCUCAGACCAUCUCAAUGCUUACAAUUUGCACUGGCGUGUGAUUAUGGAUGCCUGUGCCUGUGUCCUGGCAGUUCUAUUGUCAGCAGCCCACGGGUUUAGUCUCCAGGGUCCCUCUGGUCCACUUGUUGCCCAGCUGGGAGGGUCUGUCCUGCUGCCCUGUGCUGCUGAAUCCCCCCUGCCUCUGGAGGAGCUGGAGGUGGAGUGGAGAAGAGCAGACUCUGGUGCCCUGCUGCACCUCUUCCAGGAGGGAGAGGAGAGACCAGAGUCACAGGAUCAAGCGUACAGGGGACGAGCUCACUUCUUCCCUGAAAAGAUAGCACGGGGAGACUACUCCCUUCUUCUUGAAAAUAUCACAGUCAGUGACAGGACUUUGUUCAGAUGUGUGGUCUACACAACGCUAGACUCCGGUGAAACUACAUGUGAAAUUCAAGUGGAGUUUUUAAUGGUACAUGGAUUCGUCCAUACUGUCUUUGGCCAUGUUGGUUGGGAGGUGGUCCUUGACUGCUUUGUGGAAUCCCAUGUUCCACCUGAAGAACUGGAGGAGGUGAAAUGGAAGAGAACAGACCAGGACAUCUUAGUUCUGCUUUACCAAGACGGCAUGGUCCACUCAGAUUCUUCACACGAACGAUAUCUAGGUAGAACUGAGUUUUUCACAACAGAAAUCUCCAAAGGUAACUUCUCUCUGCGACUGGGGAGUCUGAGGACUGAGGACAAAGGCGAGUAUGUCUGUGAAGCACACCAUGGUCUUCGAUCCGGAAACACGACAGUUGAAUUGCCGAGUCUUAGUCUCUCUGCUGUGCACCAUGUGAUCUGGGUGCUAUGCAUUACAGCCUUUGGACUCAGCAUAGCAUCUUUGGUUCAUUUCAUCCAGACAAAUAAAGAGUCUGACUCGAAGGCCAUGCAGGUGCACAUAUCACUGGUCAUUGUCCCCAACAUCUUACUUUGUGUGGCAUUUAUUCUCUGGGGAGUAUGCAGUGAGGGUUUCACUGAUGAAGCGGCUUUGUGUGCAACAGUCAGCUUGACACGCGUAGUUUGCUGCUUCUGGAUCAGUCCACACCUGCAUAAAUUCCCAAACUCUUUGCAGAGAGCCAUCAAGCUAUUGGGCAUUAUGGUGCAGUAUUCUGCUAUCGCAAUAGUCUUCUAUUCAGUUGCCUUAAUCAACAGGAAAAAGAUCAGCUUCUUGGGUGAAACGGUCAUCCCAAAGAGGGAGUUUGGAGUCUACUCUGGAGUGAUACCUACAAUGUGUGUCUGUGGAUUCAUUGCUGUCUCCAUUCGGGCUAAGUGGCCAUUCCUGUACUGCAUUGAGGAAAAAGAAGAGAAACGACCACAUGGAAUAUUUUCAUUCCUAUUUAUGGAACUCUGCAACUUGUCUCAGGUUCUUUUCGUUUCAAUCAAGACAAGGUCCUUUGAUCCAGCUGAACGAAUAGCUCUCUUUGCCACCCUGGUAUUGGAGCCUUUAUUUCUAAUCAUCAUACGCAAUGUGAGGAAGAGGCUUUGCUAUGGCAAUAUGCCGUGGACUAUCACCAUGGUCGUUUUGGUACCUCUGUAUUUGGCGUCAUAUCUGUGGUGUUUGUAUCAAAUUCAGGACCAUGUAGAAAAGUAUUUUCCAUAUGAGCGUGAUGGUGUCAUGGCUGUGACAGCACUUCUUAAAGUUUUAACCGCGAUGGCUCUCUUAGAACAUCCAGGUGAUUGUCAAGGAUCAGUGAAUGGGUCAACUCCACAUCUUAUUGUGUAUGGGUUUGGAGCUACAGUGCUGAAUGCUGUGAAUGCCAUCGCCCUGACCGGAGAGCUAAUACUGAAAGCAAGAAAUGGAAGAAGAUGGACGCCUGACCUGAGACUGGUGACUCUGCCAUGUGAAUGUAUUUUUGUUGGUGGUUGUUUUUUCCUGCUGGUCUUCAAUUACUGGAAAUGCCACAGAAGACGAGAAGGGCCUACUGACAGACACCAAAGGAAUGAAGGGAGGCAUGAACACCAGGAAGAACACCAGCUGAAUGCUGUUGUGGAAUAGCCAGGCCGUGCUCCUCCUGAAGUAUUUUAAUCAUGCUAUGCCCAACAAAAUAAAGGCAUUUUAACUACAAAGAAGAUGAGUGCCUUGGUAUUUCUAAAACUUUUUUUGAAAUCAACCAAGCCUGUCACCAAAGAGCACCAUCUUAAAAAACAAGAUAGUUCCAGGAAGCACUCCACCUGGACGUCAUUCUGAACCAGUUGAAUCCUGUUGUGGAAUAGCCAGGCCGUGCGCUCCUCGUGAAGCAACACCUUCUGGGUUGAUUCUAGUCAGGCCAGGAGCAAUACAAAUAUCAUUUCUGAGUUCCAAAAAAAAUCGGGAACUCCUCCUACUUUGUCGGGAAGCAAACGCCCAGUAGCAAACCAAGGGGGGCGGGUCAACCAUGCCGUUUGGGUUAUGUGAAUUGUUAUGCUCUUGGUCAGAGAUUUGAGAGUUGAUGCUAAUCAGGCUAGUUGUGGACUACAUGACCUGAACAGCAAAAAAAAAAAAAUCCAUUUCAUGCUUUUCAAAUCAGCAAAACACAGAUGUAUUUUGACUAAGAGAGUGCUAAAGAUAUCUAAAGAUAUAUUUUUGGGGAUGGAUGGAUGUAGACCUGCAGAUGGGAGCAAAAAAAGGGUUAAAAGGGU